CCUCAAUGAUUUUGCACCAGCACUAAACCAACCCAAGUCUUCUUUUCUUCUUCACAUUUCUCCCACCAUGAAGGUUCUUUCACCAAGCUGCUAUGAUACUCCCAACAGGUUACUUCUGAUGUCUCUCAUUAUAAUUUCCCUAACCCUAGUCCCUCUUAGUCUAGUAUUCAAGAGCUCUGGUUCACAAUUACUAUCUUCUAUCAAGAGCAUUGCAAGACAGAGAGAAUGUAAUAUUUUCACAGGAGACUGGGUUCCUUAUCCUAGAGGACCUAACUACACCAGUGAACAAUGCCCCUUCAUAGUUCCGCACAACAACUGCAUAAGAUCUGGAAGGUCAGAUAGACAGUUCAUGAAGUGGAGAUGGAGGCCAAAGGACUGCGAGCUGCCUUUAUUCGACGCAGUGCAGUUCCUAGAGCUCGUUCGAGGGAAGUCUAUGGCAUUCAUUGGAGACUCCGUCGGAUGGAAUCAAGCACAGUCACUGCUCUGUCUCUUAAUGAGUGUUUCAUAUCCUGAGAACAGGUCUCAAAGCAACACAACAAGCAGGGCAUACUCCACAAGAUGGUUCUACCCAGACCAUGCAUUCACACUGGCAUCAUUUUGGUCUCCCUUCUUGGUCAAAGCACGAGACUCGGACCCAAACGGGCCUUCCCUCGACAGCACCAUGAACCUAUACUUAGACCAGCCUAGUGAGGAAUGGGCCACCCAGAUCGAGGAUUUCGAUUUUGUGAUCAUCUCUGCUGGCCACUGGUUCUUUAGACCGCUUAUGUACUACAUUGAUGAACAGUUGGUGAGUUGCCACAAGUGCAGAAACAAGACCGUUACUUCUGUCACACAUUACUAUGGAUACAGUAUGGCCUUCCGAACUGCCUUGAGCUACCUCCAAAGCCUGGAGAACUACAAGGGCAUCACAUUCCUGAGGACAUUUUCUCCAUCCCACUUUGAGAAUGGAGAAUGGAACUCUGGUGGAGAUUGUUUGAGGACAAGACCAUCGAGGAACGGAGAAGCGAAGCUAGAAGGGUACACUUUAGAGUUUUACAAGGCACAAAUUAGGGAGCUGGAGAAGGCAAAGAGAGAAGGGAAGAGUAAAGGGUUGAAAUUUGAGCUGCUGGCUGCUACUGAAGCAAUGCUGCUGAGGCCAGAUGGGCACCCAAGUCGAUUUGGGUACACAUCACAAGAAAAGAAUAUGACGGUGAAUGAUUGUGUUCAUUGGUGCUUGCCAGGGCCUAUUGACACAUGGAACGAGUUCUUGCUCUACAUCAUGAAGAAGGAAACUGUUAAACCUUUCUAAGGAAUGUUAACGAGGGAAUUUAGCUAGUAUGGUGAGAGGCCAUGCUAGGUUUCUGUUAGCAAUUUUUACAAUAUAAUGGUGUGUAACAGCUUGAUCCAUAAAAGACAACACUGGC